GAAGAAAUGCGUCAGUUAGUCUUACAGUCUCACAGACGCAACAACCCCCGACAACAUGAUGGGUCUUCGCACAUUCGUCAAGGUGGCAGCCGUGAUGGUGGUGGCGUGCGUCGUGACGGCUGAUCCCGAACCGGUUCCUGGCGGAGGCUACGGUGGUGGCUUCAGCGGUGGAAGGCCGGGUGGAUUCGGUGGAGGCUCAGUCGGAUUCGGCCGUCCUGGUGGAUUUGGUGGAGGCUCAGUCGGAUUCGGGCGUCCAGGUGGAUUUGGUGGAUCUUCAGUCGGACACAGCGGAUUCGGUGGAGGUUCAUUCGGCAGUGGUUCAUUCGGCAGUGGUUCAUUCGGAGGACGCCCAUCCUUCGGGUCCAGUUCUGGUUUUGGCCGCCCAUCCUUCGGACACCAAUCCUUCGGCCGCCCAUCCUACGGCCGCCCAUCCUACGGCUAGUCGUAUGGCCGUUAGGCAACGCAGGACACCCGAGGACCUUCGCGCAAACAACAACAGCAAAAUUCGAUUCAUACUUUUGCAACAAUGUCAACAGAACACAAUACACCUUUGCACACUCACCUGCGUCUUUUUGCAUGCCCUGGCUCUCGUUGGCACUUCUGACUGGGAUUGUCUAAUCAGGCGAUUGGCAAAUAAAUAGACAAAGUUUC